AGAGCGCGUCCGUUAGUCUAUGAGAUGCUGUAAGGUGAUUAUUGUAUCGGAGGCUCUGGAUGUAGGACCGUCUCAAAGAUGUCAUGGUGCCCUCCGUACCGUAGUUCUAAAUUCCGUCACGUCUACGGUAAGGCCUCCACCAAAGACCACGGUUACCACGGAAUCCCGAUCACACACAGCGUCCAUGACAACCACUACUGCUCCGUCAACCCACUCUUCAUUGCCAUAGUAACGGAAUGCUCCGGGGGCGGUGCUUUCUUGGUCCUCUCCAUCCAUCACACUGGUAAAGUAGACCCCCACCACCCCAGGGUGUGUGGUCACAGUGCCAGGGUGUUGGAUGUCAAGUGGAAUCCCUUUGAUGACCACUGCAUCGCCUCCUGCUCUGAGGACUGCACCGUAAAGCUAUGGGACAUCCCAGACAAUGGUGUCCAUCAGAACAUGACCCUCCCUAGGAAGGUGCUUCAGGGUCACAGCCGCAGAGUCAACCUGAUAGAAUGGCAUCCUACUGCUAGGGAUCUACUGGUCAGCUCAGCCUACGACUACAAGGUGAUGGUCUGGGAUGUGUCAGUGUGUGACUCCGUGCUGAGGAACCCAGUAUGUGUUAUAUCUCUUCACACUGAGCUGGUUCUCUCCAUGUCCUUCAACAAUGACGGCAGCUCUCUAGCUACCACCAGCCUGGACAAGAAGAUCAGAGUCAUGGACCCACGCACUGGACGCCUCAUACAGGUGUCCAGCAGUAAACACCACAGGGCCAAUAAGGUGGUGUUUAUAGGAGACCAGAACAUGUUGUUUUCUACUGGCAGCUCACCAUGGAACCAAAGACAGAUCACAUUAUGGGAUCCAGAUGAUCUGUCAGAGCCGCUGUCGGAGGAGGAGGUGGAUGGAGCUGCAGGAGUUCUCUUCCCAUUCUAUGACCCUGAUACACACAUACUCUACCUGGCUGGCAAGGGUGAUGGUAACAUCCGGUAUUAUGAGAUCAGUUCUGAGAAGCCCUACGUUCAGUUCCUCACUGAGUAUUACUCCCUACUGCCUCAGAAAGGAUUGGGGGUCAUGCCGAAGCGCGGUCUGGACGUGAGUUCCUGUGAGGUGUACCGGUUCUACCGCUUGGUGACCGUUAAGGACCUGGUCGAACCGCUCUCCAUGAUCGUCCCUCGCAGGUCCCCAAAGACCUUCCAGGAUGACAUCUUCCCCAUGACAGCAGGCAACGAGGCGGCCCUGACGGCUCAACAGUGGCUCUCAGGGAUCAAUAGAGGCCCGGUGCUGAUGUGUCUGAAACCUGGCACUAAGGUAGCCAACCCCUACCCAGAGACCCUACCCAGGAGGGGACUGAGCAGCUUCCAAGGUGGGGGACCAGGAGAGCCAGGGUCCACGGAGCAGGCCUUCCUCCAGGAGCAGCUAGCCUACCAGGAUGCCAAGUACCCCAGGGAAGUGGCUGAUCUGUCGGGCUGGCAGCCAGACGAGACCCAGGCUCCGAGUUGGGCCUACACUCCCCACUGUUGUGAGCCCUCAGAGUGCCCUCCACCCCGGACAGAGAGUGAGCUCCUACAGGCGUUCUACAGGCAACAAGAGGAGAUCAGGGGACUGAGAGACCAACUCAACCAGAGAAAGGUCCAGAUCACACAGCUGGAACUGGAGAUAAAGAACACCAGAAAUAACAUGAGAGCCACCUUCUGAAUGAUUCAACCAAUCACAUUAGAAGAGCCUUCUGAAUCAACCAAUCACAUGGGAGCAGCUUUUGGAAUCAACGAAUCACAUAAGAGCCACCUUCUGAAUGAUUCAACCAAUUUUUGUAUUUUGUAUUUAUUAAGGAUCCCCAUUAGUUCCUAUCAAGGCAGCAGCUACUCUUCAUGGGGUCCAGCAAAAUUAAGGCAGUUUAUACAAUAAACAACAUUACAAUAAGUGUGUAUCCUCAGGUCUCUACUACUACACAAAAUCCGUGUGUACUUUUUACAAUUAUUUAACUACGCAAGUCAGCUAAGAACAAAUUCUUGUUUUCAAUGACGGCAUAGGAACAGUGGAACUAGGAACUGCCUUGUUCGUGGGCAGAUUUGUAUCAGCUCGGGGAUUCGAUCCCAUAUCAGCUCGGGGAUUCGAUCCCAUAUCAGCUCGGGGAUUCGAUUCCAUAUCAGCUCGGGGAUUCGAUUCCAUAUCAGCUCGGGGAUUCGAUUCCAUAUCAGCUCGGGGAUUCGAUUCCAUAUCAGCUCGGGGAUUCGAUUCCAUAUCAGCUCGGGGAUUCGAUUCCAUAUCAGCUCGGGGAUUCGAUUCCAUAUCAGCUCGGGGGAUUCGAUCCCAUAUCAGCUCGGGGGAUUCGAUUCCAUAUCAGCUCGGGGAUUCGAUCUUGCAACCUUUCGCUUACUAGUCCAACGCUCUAACCACUAGGCUACCUGCCACCCGUAUAGUGUGUAUGUUAUCAUGUGUGUCUCUUCACAGUCCCCGCUGUUCCAUAAGGUGUUUUUUUAUCCGUAAAAAAAAAAAAUCUGAUUCUACUGCUGCAUCAGUUACCUGAUGUGGAAUAGAGUUCCAUGUAGUCAUGGCUCUAUGUAGUACUGUGGAAUAGAGUUCCAUGUAGUCAUGGCUCUAUGUAGUACUGUGGAAUAGAGUUCCAUGUAGUCAUGGCUCUAUGUAGUACUGUGGAAUAGAGGUUCCAUGUAGUCAUGGCUCUAUGUAGUACUGUGGAAUAGAGUUCCAUGUAGUCAUGGCUCUAUGUAGUACUGUAGAAUAGAGUUCCAUGUAGUCAUGGCUCUAUGUAGUACUGUGGAAUAGAGUUCCAUGUAGUCAUGGCUCUAUGUAGUACUGUGGAAUAGAGUUCCAUGUAGUCAUGGCUCUAUGUAGUACUGUGGAAUAGAGUUCCAUGUAGUCAUGGCUCUAUGUAGUACUGUGGAAUAGAGUUCCAUGUAGUCAUGGCUCUAUGUAGUACUGUGGAAUAGAGUUCCAUGUAGUCAUGGCUCUAUGUAGUACUGUGGAAUAGAGUUCCAUGUAGUCAUGGCUCUAUGUAGUACUGUGGAAUAGAGUUCCAUGUAGUCAUGGCUCUAUGUAGUACUGUGGAAUAGAGUUCCAUGUAGUCAUGGCUCUAUGUAGUACUGUGGAAUAGAGGUUCCAUGUAGUCAUGGCUCUAUGUAGUACUGUGGAAUAGAGUUCCAUGUAGUCAUGGCUCUAUGUAG